AUGAACUCCAAGCUUAAAGCAAAAGUGGGGGCAAAGCCAUCAACUUCGAUUUCGGACAGAACAUUGACAGGUCUUGGGAACCUUAUCAAGCUCCUUCCGACCGGAACCGUGUUCAUGUUCCAGUUCCUUAACCCUGUCUUAACCAACUACGGCCAUUGCAGCCCUGUGAACAAGGUCCUCACCAGCAUCCUCAUUGCCCUUUGUGGCUUCUCUUGUGCUUUCUCUUGCUUUACCGACAGUUACAAAGACGGUGACGGCAUGGUUCAUUACGGUAUCACCACCGUUAACGGUCUCUGGCCGUCUUCGGGUUCGGAUUCGGUGGAGUUAUCGAAGUACAAGCUGAGGGUUGGUGAUUUCGUUCAUGCGUUUUUCUCCGUCAUUGUGUUUGCUGUUCUGUCCCUGUUGGAUUCCAACACCGUGCAGUGUUUCUAUCCAUCUUUUGAGUCCACCGAAAAGGUUCUGCUCAUGGCUUUGCCGCCGGUUAUCGGAGCGAUUUCGGGAUCGGUUUUCCUCGUGUUUCCGAACACUCGACAUGGUAUUGGCUACCCUUCGACUUCGUCGAGUGAUGCGCCGGAUAACUCAUCGGACGACAACUAGAAUGGAUUUGCUUCGUCGUUAAUUAAUACAUGAACCGGUUAUUUUGCUCGAGUAAACUUUUUAUUUGUUAUUUUGAAUUUGUUUGUAUGUAUCAAAUUGUAAUUGUUUUAUAAUAUGGUUUUGCGUGUAAAAUGUUUGAUAAAGUUGAUUUAUGAUGUGACACAUAAAUUUAUGUA